AUGCUCGUUAGUCAUUUCCGAUUGAUUUCAAAUAAAAAGCGGAGAAGAAGGAAACUAUGGAUGAGAACAGUGAGAAUCCAAGCACCCCAUUGCCGUUACAGACCUCUCAAGUUUUCAAGAAGUCCAUCCUAAAACCCUCACAACAUGAUAAUCUCAUUCAGCUCUGUACACCAGUUCACAAAGGACUAAAGGUGAAGUUUGAAACGCCUCACAAUGUUAAAAAGUCCACACCUACUCGAUUUGAGGGUAUACGAAUGCUGGACGAAAAAGAAAACUGGAUCGAACGUACUUCCGUUGUUACCAAGGAUCAGCAUGAGGAAUAUCUCGAGAUGGCUCAAGAUAUUAUGCUGGAAGUCAUCAAUAAACUUCCACUUGAGGAAAAGGAAGAGACCCAAAACCAGGAGUCACAGGACAAGAUGGAAGAGGACAUGGACACUGAUGAUUUUUAUGAUGCCGUCAUGGAAAUCGAGGAGAAUAAAGCAAAAGAAGAUGACAGCUCACAUAGUACCGCUGAGGCAAAGGAGAAGGAUGGAGAAGAUGAUACUCAAUCAUCCAAGGAGGAAAUAAUAACAGCAGAUGAAAAGCUACAGAAAGGUGAAGACCACAAAGCAGAGAAUGAACCUGAAGAACCUUCAUCUCCACCCCUGCCAGUCAGCAAAGGGGUGUACAACAUAGAUUUUGACAACCUAGAUAAAUUCAAUCCUUUUGCUAUAACCAGUGCAGUGCAGAAUUCACCGGUGUUAUCUGCUAAUGAAAAGAUGUGGAAUUCUGUUUCCGAUCUCAAGGAAGUGAAGGGAGAUGAGGAGGAAAUAAAAGAGAGCAAUUCUUCCCUAUCUGAGCUUCAGAGUGUGAAAGACAAUCCAUUUAUCAGAUUGAUAGAGUCGCCAGCCAUUAAAGAAAAGAAGAAUGACCACGUCGUGGAUGUCAUUGUUGCUGAACAGUCAGAUGAUAUAUUCAGUCAGAAUUUUGAGGACAUUGAUCCUUUUCAGCCGAAGAAGCAACUGAUGAACAGUCCAGAGAUGUCCAGAAAGACGAACAGCACAGAGGAUGUUAACAGUCCAGAGGUGUCCAGAAAGACGAACAGCACAGAUGAUGUUUCAGAGAGUUCAAAUGUUCAGGUUACAAUUGUGCCUACAAAUUCUCCCACGAAUCACAUAGAGCCCAGAAAACUGAGUGUUAAUUUAGACAAUAGUGACAAACAGACUCUGUGUGCCCCAGAAAACAAUACACAAUCUGUCUCACAAAGGGCCGAGGAAAGUGAUGUUGUAGCUCAUGAAAUUCACAAAGAUGCUUCAGAGUCUCAGAUAAAGGAAAAGAAAGACUCCGGUUUCACUGACUUUGAUGAAAACAUGGAUCCUUUUGCAACUAAGACAAAGGUCAUGAAUACACCUCCUAAGAAGAAGACUGAUGAUGCCACAAAUCUGUUUGUAGAUGAAGCUAUGAAUUCCCCAGUAAUGCCAGUACUGGGUGGUGGUAGUGCUGACCCAGUUGUUACAAAGUCUGAAAUGGCAAGUUCUCCAGGACAAAUGGCAUUUGGAUUCCAGACUAACCCUUUUGAAACCAAGUCAAAAAUUACUAAUAGUCCUGUUAAGAAGAGUUCAGAAUUAGAGGAAUCAGAUCCUUUAUCAACCCAAUCUAAAGUUGCAAACUCUCAUGUAAAGGAAACAGUUUCAGAAAACGUGGACCCCUUUGCAACAAAUGCUAAAGUUGCAAACUCUCCUGCCAAGAAAACAUUUACAGAAGAUGUGGACCCCAUUGCAACAAAUGCUAAAGUUGCAAACUUUCCUAUAAAGGAAACCGUUUCAGAAAAUGUGGACCCCUUUGCAACAAAUGCUAAAGUUGCAAACUCUCCUGCCAAGAAAACAUUUACAGAAGAUGUGGACCCCUUUGCAACAAAUGCUAAAGUUGCAAACUCUCCUGUAAAGGAAAACAUUUCAGAAAAUGUAGACCCCUUUGCAACAAAUGCUAAAGUUGCAAACUCUCCUGCCAAGAAAACAUUUACAGAAGAUGUGGACCCCUUUGCAACAAAUGCUAAAGUUGCAAACUCUCCUGUAAAGGAAAACAUUUCAGAAAAUGUAGACCCCUUUGCAACAAAUGCUAAAGUUGCAAACUCUCCUGCCAAGAAAACAUUUACAGAAGAUGUGGACCCCUUUGCAACAAAUGCUAAAGUUGCAAACUCUCCUGUAAAGGAAAACAUUUCAGAAAAUGUAGACCCCUUUGCAACAAAUGCUAAAGUUGCAAACUCUCCUGUAAAAGUUACAGUUUCAGAAGAUGUGGACCCCUUUGCAACAAUUGUUAAAGUUGCAAACUCUCCUGCCAAGAAAACAUUUACAGAAGAUGUGGACCCCUUUGCAACAAAUGCUAAAGUUGCAAACUCUCCUGUAAAGGAAACAUUUGCAGAAAAUGUGGACCCCUUUGCAACAAAUGCUAAAGAUGCAAACUCUCCUGUCAAGAAAACAUUCGCAGAAGAUGUAGAUCCCUUUGCAACAAAAUCAAAUAUUGUCAAUUCCCCUGUCCGGAAAUUAGAGGAAGAAGUUGAUCCAUUUGCCACUAAAUCCAAAAUUGCAAGCUCUCCCACAGCAAAAGCAUCUGAAGAAAUCAAUCCUUUUGAAACAAAAUCGGAAGUUGUUAAUUUCCCUUUAGGAGUUUUAGAUUUGGACAGUUUGGACCCAUUUGCAAUUAAGUUAAAUGUUGAAAAUGUUCCCCUCUUGUGUGAUAAACCAAUUGAAGAGACUGUCAAGCAAAGUAAGGACCUUGAUGGUGCACAGGGUGAGGUGGGAGUGUCAGCCAGCAAAAGCACGGAGUCGACCUCUGAAAAACUUGGAAAAAAUAACUUUAAUGAGCUUCUGAUUGACAAUGAGAAAUGUGCUAGUCCAUUUUCUGGGCAAAUUGAGAACAAAAUACAAAAUGCUUCUUUCAGACUUCAAGAUGAUCCAUUCAAGACUCCCAGUGGUAUAUCGAAAAAGACCCCGCAGAAAUCUUGUCCUUUCACUAUGGGCGAAUUUGGUUUGAGUGAUGAUGAUUUCAAACCAGCCAGUUCUACUUUGUUUAAUGAUCCAGCUGAUUUUGAUGCCUUGGAACAGUUUGGCUGUAAUAAAGGGAUUGCAGAAUCGGCUCUCUCCCGGAUGUCGCUGUAUCUCAAAUUUGACCCCCUGGUUGAUCUCCCUGUGGCAGAUCCUCGCCGAGCCAGUAUAGAUGUGAGAAGAAUGAGCAUGAAGCGAGGCAAACUCCGAAAAUUAGAACCAGAGGAAAGCUUUUUGUUGAUGGGAACGCCUCCGCGGGGUGUCGCUCAGAGCCGGGUAAUUCCUGUGGUAAAGAACCAGACUCCGGUUAAUACAAAACCAGAAACCACUGAUGCAGCACCUGUAGAUUUGCUUUUUUCAAAUACACCGGAGACAAGAAAGGACAUUGUAGAUGCAAUCAAGGAUUCUCUGUCUCUGAACCAGGCUGAGGGAGAUGGGAUUAUUGAGGUUUUGCAGUAUACAGAGGCAGAUAUUUGCCGCAUUAAGCAAAACCUGGCAAUGGAAUUCCAAGGGAUAUUAUUGGACAAUCAGAAAGAAUGGAGUAAAAAGAUAGACGAGAAGCAAGCAGAAAUGAGUAAGAUUCGUGAACAGCAUCAGAAGGCAGAGGAGGACAUUAAACAGAUGAUAUCAGUGGUCAAAGAGUAUGAGAUUAUGAUAAACCAAUUGGUAGAGGAACGAGAAAAAUCAAACAACCAGUUAAAGGAAACAAAAGAAGAAUUGCAAAAAGCCAAUGAAAAGAGUGCAGAGUAUGCUCAGUCAAUGGAAACAAUAGAAGGCUUAUUCUCAGCUCUGCACCAAAGAUACGACAAGUCUAGAGAAGUACUGGAGCAUGCCAAAAAAAAUGAGAAUAUGCUUAAAACUUGUCUGGAGGAGUGUCAAGGUAAACUGAAGCAUUCGGAUGAACGAUUCCUCAAACUUAAACAGGUGGCAGAGGAGAAACUGAAAGCUGCACAUGAAGAAUUGGAGACAGUGAAGUCCAAAUCGGCUUCAGAAAGUGCGCGACUUCAGGCUGUAGUGAAGCGGAAAGAAAUACAGAGGGAGACGUUAGAAAAAUCACUCGAACAAAAGACAAAGGAAUUCCAGGAUGUGACGGAACUGUGCGAUCAGCUGAUGCAGAAGUUGGAAUCGCAGUAGACUAAACGUUUCAGGGAAAACCGUCGAGAGAGAAAAUGUAGACUAGGGCACAUGUGUGACUUGAUAGCUAUGGUUGUACAUGUCAUUCUACUCUGUAUGUUGAUAUAUAGUCAGACUUUGUUAUGUUAAUGAUUCUAAGCUGGAAUCGGCGAACAUCUGUGCUAGAAAGACUGAAACAAUUCAUUUGCUUCUUCUUUUUUGUGAUUAUGAAGCUUUCUUCUCUCUCUCUAUCUUUCAUUGUUUAUCAAAUUAGUUGAUGCAUGUACAUGGUGAGUGUAUGAUAGAAAUAAAAUUUGUUAUGUA